AUGCCUACGAAGUCUACAUUUGAAGAUGUUAACAUUCCCUUGGUGGACGUCUGGACGUUCUUGUUUGAGAAACCAAGAGACUUUCCCCAAGAUAAGGUCAUCUACACUGACCCGGUGGUUCCAAGAUCGUAUAGCUAUAGCGACGUGAAGACCGCCACGGCUGGCUUUGGAAAAGGUUUAAAGGAAGCAUGGAACUGGAACAAAAACGAUGUUCUUCUGCUAUACACACCAAAUAGUAUCGACAUUCCCAUUAUUACGUGGGGUACUCACUGGGCUGGCGGAGUUGUCUCACCUGCCAAUCCAAAUUACACGACAAACGAACUGGCCAUUCAGUUAAGAGACUGUGGAGCGAAAGCCAUAGUUACUCAGCGGGCAUAUUUAAAGAAUGCACGUGCUGCGGCUCAGAUUGCUGGCAUUCAAGAAGAUCAUAUUAUUCUCAUCGGUGAGAAAAAUGAUAGCAAUUCGGUAAUCAGACACGUCACCGACAUAUGCGAGUUGGGGGUGUCCCAGGGUUCCUACCAUCAACGAACUAUACCAGAAAACCCGGAAGCAGACCUUGCAUUUCUUGUGUAUAGUAGUGGGACAACAGGCCACCCAAAAGGUGUUAUGUUAUCCCAUGUGAACAUUGUUUCAAAUAUCUUGAUGUUGAAGGCUGGAGAGGGAGUGAAUCUCAGCUGGGUUGGCGGUCAUGAUAAUAAGGGCGACCGGAUUCUCGGCUUCCUGCCUUUCUAUCAUAUCUACGGACUCACUUCGCUCGUUCAUCAGGCAAUCUACAACGGCUUGGAACUGAUUGUCAUGACCAAAUAUGAUCUGGAAAAGUUUUGUUCCAAUAUCCAGGAAUAUAAGAUCACCUUGGCCUACGUUGUCCCACCCGUCCUCCUCCAGCUUGCAAAGGAUCCCAGUAUCGAUCGUUUUAACCUGAGUUCUUUGCGGAUGAUGAGCUCUGGUGCAGCUCCAUUAACAAAAGAGCUAGUUGAGGCGGUUUACCAGAGGCUCAACGUUCCGAUUAAGCAAGGCUACGGGCUCUCCGAGACAUCUCCAACCACCCACUCACAGCCUUGGGACACCUGGCGCACGUUUGUUGGCUCCGCUGGUAUACUUCUCGCCAAUCAAAGCAUUAAAUACAUGUCGGAGGAUGGGGAUGAGCUGCCAGCUGGCGAGACAGGAGAGCUUUGGAUUAAAGGUCCAAAUGUUUUUAGAGGCUAUCUAAACAACCUAGAAGCUACGCAAAACGCCUUGACAAGUGAUGGCUACUUCAAAACUGGCGACGUGGGGCAUGAGGACAAGCAUGGAAACUUAUUCAUUACAGACCGCGUCAAAGAACUAAUUAAGUAUAAAGGUUUUCAAGUUCCACCAGCAGAGCUCGAAGGAAAAUUGCUCGGCCACCCGGAGAUUGAAGAUGCUGCGGUCGUUGGCGUUUACAGACCCGAACAAGCUACAGAGGUACCAAUGGCGUAUAUUGUGCUAUCAAAGGGUAGUCUCGGUGAUGCAGCAAAAGAAAGACAAAUCAUGGAAUGGCUAAGUGCGAGAGUGGCGAACCAUAAGCGUCUGAGAGGUGGCAUUGAAUGGAUCGAUGAAGUGCCGAAAAGCUCCAGCGGGAAGAUUCUGAGAAGAGUUUUGAGAGUUCGCGCCCAGAAGAAGAAGCUACCAUCAGCAAAGUUGUGA